AUGAUUUCAGGGUUCUUCAUCUUCAAUCAAAAGGGCGAGGUCCUCAUCACACGUCUGUACAGGACAGACAUCAAGCGGUCAAUAUCCGAAGUCUUUCGCAUCCAUGUCGUGUCCAGCGCAGAUGUGAGAUCACCCAUCGUUACCUUGGGUUCGACAAGCUUUCUUCACGUCCGACACAACAAUAUCUAUGUCCUCGCAAUCACAAAAAAUAAUGCAAACGCGGCGCUGAUUUUCGAGUUCCUGUACCGCUUCAUCUCGAUAUCACGAUCUUACUUUGGGAAACUGGACGAAGAGUCUGUCAAGAACAACUUUGUGCUUAUUUACGAGCUGAUUGAUGAAAUCCUCGACUUUGGUUACCCUCAAACGAGCGAAAUUGACACGCUCAAGGCCUACAUCACCACGGAGGCUGCUCGCUCAGAGGUCACAGACAUUGGUGAAAGCUCCAAGCUGACCACGCAAAUGACUGGUGCAGUCAGUUGGAGACGAGGGGAUAUCAAGUACAAGAAGAACGAGGCCUUUGUGGAUGUCGUCGAAAAUGUCAACCUGCUGAUGAGUGCUAAGGGUACCGUCCUGCGAGCAGAUGUCGACGGUCAGAUCCUCAUGCGAGCAUACCUGAGUGGGAUGCCAGAAUGCAAGUUUGGGCUCAACGACAAGCUGGUGCUCGACAAAGCCGAGAGGGCAGCAGACAAUGCCGUUCGACUUGAUGAUUGUCAGUUCCAUCAAUGUGUACAGCUGGGCGCAUGGGGUUCCGAUCGAACAAUCAGUUUCAUCCCGCCUGACGGAGAGUUUGAGCUUAUGAAAUAUCGAUCCACUUCUGACGUUCAUUUACCGCUACGAGUCCACCCCACGGUGACAGAAAUUGGAACGACUCAGGUCCAAUACAGCAUCACAGUAAAGGCAGGUUUCAACUCCAAACUCAGUGCUACGAACAUUGUCCUUCGCAUUCCUACCCCGCUGAAUGCGACAAUGGCCAGCUGCAAAACUGCAUCUGGCAAGGCAAAAUAUGUGCCUGCAGAGAAUGUGAUCGUGUGGAAAAUACCGCGGAUACAAGGAGGCUCUGAAGCUACUCUGACGGCUGCUGCAGACUUGGCGGCGACAACGACGAGACAAGCAUGGGCACGACCGCCGAUUGAUGUCGACUUCCAAGUCCUCAUGUUCACUGCGUCGGGCUUGCUCGUACGCUUCCUCAAAGUGUACGAAAAGUCGGGGUACCACAGCGUCAAAUGGGUGCGGUAUCUCACUCGUGCAAGUGGCACUUAUCAGAUUCGGUUCUAA